UCAGUUCAAGGAGCUGAAGAGUUUAAGGACUUCCUAACUGGGAAUAUGGAGUGGAAUAAUAUGACUUUUUUGGAAUCAUCAUCCUAAUUAAAAGUCUGACUGACCUACAGCUGUUGAAGAAUUUUAUUUAUUUUGAGUUUUUCGACAUGCAGAUGCUGUUUGGUUUGAUUUGUUUUCUUUUGUCCUUCAUUACAGGUAAUUUAUGUUAUCUGAUCCUCUCACCCACGGGUCCUGUAUCAGUUGAAGCUCUUGUGGGCAGCAGUGUGACACUUGAAGUAUCUCAUAUUGGUGCCUCUCAGCCAGUGGUGACAUGGUUCAUGGGAAGCCUGCCUGUCGCCUCAUGGACCGUUGGUAUCAGCUCUACUCCAGAUUUUGCUUCAAACUACACCAAUGUGUUAACAGCUGAACAAAAUGGAUCGCUUACCUUUCGAAACGUGUCUCUUGGUUUUAAUGGCACAUAUACUGUGGAAAUGACUAAGAUUGGAGAGGGAAGAGUCAGUGCUAAGUUUUACCUCUUUGUAUAUGAUAUCAUCAAGAACGUAUCCGUGCAUACUGAUCCAGGUGAGGCCAUUGAAGGUGAAAGUGUGUUCACCUUGUAUUCCUGCACAAUCACAGGGGAGGCCAAAGAAGUGCAGUGGUUCUUUAAUGGGAUCCAAUUGGAAAAUGGAUCUCAUUAUUUCAUCAAUGGGAAGAACCUCACAAUAAAUAAACCCAGCAGAAAUGACACAGGCUGCUACACUGCAGUCCUUACAAACCCGUUCAGCACUGAGACACGUCACAGGAACAUUACAGUGCUGUAUGGACCAGAUAGGCCCGUUCUCAUAGUGAGCCCCACAAAAGCAGUCUUUGUUUCGGGCGAGUCUGUUUUCCUUUCCUGUGAAGGAGAUGGUAUACCGCCUCCCUCCGCCACAUGGCUUUUCAACGGCCUGUCCAUUCCAACAUCUUCAGCAGGAACCGUCAAUCUGACCAAUGUAAAGACAAGUCAAAGUGGCAUUUACACUUGCACACUGAAGAACACAAGGACUGGUGCAGAGCUCGAGAGAAACAUCACUAUAAAUAUCUAUGAGUCUCCCAGUGGUGAGCCGUUGUGCUCAGUACAGGCUGUAAGUGGAAACACAGAGCUGCAGUUCCUCUGUGUGUGGCCAGGUGGCGCUCCAAAAGCACAGGUGUCUUUCCCCAGCUUGAGCACAAAUGGCACAGGAGAGGGCAAUUUCACUGUCACUAUAAGGGACAUUCAGAGUUUAAACGGGCAAGAAAUCAUCUGUAAUGCUGAACAUCCUCUAAUUCACACACAAUGCAGUGUCAUUCCAUGUGCUCCUUUAGAUUUUCGACCAGUAAUUUUCACCAACAUGAGCCAGGAUGAACACACCACUGUUGUGAUCCACUGUUACUCUGAGGCCACACCUGAAGCUGUCACAUACUGGUUCAAAGAUGGGUACAGACUGGAAAAUGGGCCCAAAUACCAGAUUAGUACAAACACAGCUGAACUCUUCAUAAAUGACUUUAACGCCAGUUCUACAGAUCUCAACACCUACACCUGCACUGCCAUCAACCCUCUCGGCAACAGAAACAUGGAUGCUAAACUUCUCGGCCCUCAGAUCUCGGCUUCAGAUGCUUUCCUGAGUAACUAUCAUACAGAAGUGACUUUAAAAUGGGAAGUCCCUCCUACCUCUGUUAUUACAGGUUUUGAUAUCCAGUUGAAGGGUCCCGCCCUCUUCAGCCCCCAACCUCUCAAUGUCGCAUCAGAGUUCCGCACCAUCCAAAUAAUGCCAGCCACUUCCAGAACCACAAACAUCUCUGGACUCGACCCGAAAUCCACAUACUACUUCAGGAUCAUCCCUAAAGCAGGCAGAACUGUAGGACAACAGUCAGAGCAACACAGGAUUGGGCCAGGUACUGGACUCAGUGGAGCUGCUAUUGCUGGUAUUGCUGCUGGAAUCCCCUGCUGUAUUUUUGUCCUGCUCUUUGUGCUGGGUGUCAUUUACUGUAGUAAACGUGAUGGAAACCCGAAGUAUCCAGUAUCAAAACCAGUGAAGGUUGUUGUCUCUCCGACUAGUCUGGCAAACCCUCAUAAAAUACUAACCGGUCGACUCAAACCACCACCUGAGUACAGACUCCAGCAGUUUGAGCGGUCGGGUCCGUUGCCUUCUGUGAACACCCGUAUGAGAAUGGCCACCACUGUGUGAUGCUGACCUAUAUUAACAUUUAUUUAAAGGUGAAGUGUGCAAUUUCUGGGGCUUCAAAGGAAUUGUAAUUUUUUGGUUUGAGACCUUUAUGGUGACUGGGCUGACCAUAACAGCACUGACUCAACCAAUAAUGUGAGUUUUGGGGUGGGGAUGUUUUUCCGACCAGUGUAAGACUAGUUAUUUUGAGUUAUUUUACCUAAUAAACAAUGUUUCUGUUAUUUAUUCUAAAUAAAGUAAUGGGUUAAUAUGUUAACCCAUUUUUACAGAAUUCAUGUUUGAGGUGUCAUUUAUCAAUUGAAGCAUUUUCCUUCCCAACUUUCUUCUUUCCUUCCUUCCUUCUAAUUGUCUUUUCUUCCAAACUUCUUUCCUACCAAACUUCCUUCUAAACUUCCUACUUUAUUAACUACUUUUCUUUCUAAUGUUUUUCCUUCUUUCUUUCUUUCUUUCUUUCUUUCUUUCUUUCUUCCUUCCUUCUUCCUUCCUUCCUUCCUUCCUUCUUUCUUUCUUCCUUUCUUUCUUUCUUUCUUUCUUUCUUUCUUUCUUUCCUUCCUUCAUUCCUUCUUUCUUUCUUUCUUCCUUCCUUUCCUUCCUUCCUUCACUUCUUUCCUUCCUUCCUUCCUUCCUUCCUUCAUUCCUUCUUUCUUCCUUUCUUCCUUCUAAUUGUCUUUUCUUCCAAACUACUUUCCUACCAAACUUCCUUCUAAACUUCUUACUUUAUUAACUACUUUUCUUUCUAAUGUUUUUCCUUCUUAACUUCCUUUCUUUCUUUCUUUCUUCCUCCUUCCUUCUUUCUUUCUUUCUUUCUUUCUUUCUUUCUUUCUUUCUUUCUUUCUUUCUUCCUUCUUUCUUUCUUUCUUUCUUUCUUUCUUUCUUUCUUUCUUUCUUUCUUCCCUUCCUUCCUUACUUCUUUCUUCCUUCCUUCCUUCCUUCUUUCCUUCUUUCUUUCUUUCUUUCUUUCUUUCUUUCUUCCUUUCCUUCCUUCCUUCCUUACUUGUUUCUUUCCUUCCUUCCUUCCUUCCUUCUUUCUUUCUUUCUUCCUUCUAAUUGUCUUUUCUUCCAAACUUCUUUCCUACCAAACUUCCUUCUAAACUUCUUUCUUUAUUAACUACUUUUCUUUCUAAUGUUUUUCCUUCUUAACUUCCUUCCUUUCUUUCUUUCUUUCUUUCUUUCUUUUUCUUUCUUCCUUCCUCCUUCCUUCCUUCUUUCUUUCUUUCUUUCUUCCUUCCUUCCUUCUUCCUUCCUUCCUUCCUUCUUUCUUUCUUUCUUUCUUUCCUUCCUUCCUUCCUUCUUCCUUCCUUCCUUCCUUCCUUCCUCCCUCCUUUCUUUCUUUCUUUCUUUCUUUCUUUCUUCCUUCCCUCCUUCUUUCCUUCUUUCCUUCCUUCUUCCUUCCUUCUUUUUUUCCUUCCUUCCUUCUUUCUUUCUUUCUUUCUUUCUUUCUUUCUUCCUUCUAAUUGUCUUUUCUUCCAAACUUCUUUCCUACCAAACUUCCUUCUAAACCUCUUACUUUAUUAACUACUUUUCUUUCUAAUGUUUUUCCUUCUUAAAUUCCUUCCUUCCAAACUUCCUUUUAAACAUAUUUCUUUAUUUCCUUCUUUCUAAACUUCCUUCAUUCCUUUCUUUCUUUCUUUCUUUCUUUCUUUCUUUCUUUCUUUCCUUCCUUCUUCCUCCCUCCUUUUUUUCUUUCUUUCUUUCUUUCUUUCUUUCUUUCUUCCUUCCUUCCCUCCUUCUUUCCUUCUUUCCUUCCUUCCUUCUUCCUUCCUUCCUUCCUUCCUUCUUUCUUUCUUUCUUUCUUUCUUUCCUUCCUUCCUUCUUCCUUCCUUCCUUCCUUCUUUCCUUCCUCCUUCCUUCCUUCCUCCCUCCCUUCCUCCCUCCUUUUUUUCUUUCUUUCUUCCUUCCUUCCUCCUUUUUUCUUUCUUUCUUUCUUUCUUUCUUUCCUUCCUUCUUUCUUUCUUUCUUUCUUCUUUUCCAUCCUUCUUUAUUUCUUUCUUUCUUCCUUUCCUUCCUUCCUUCUUUCUUUCUUUCUUCCUUUCCUUCCUUCCUUGCUAAUUUUCUUCUGAAAUGUAUCCUUCCAAACUUUCUUUUAAAGUUCUUUCUUUCCUUCCUUCUAAAUUUCCUUCCUUCCAAACUUCUCUCCUUCUAGACUUAAUUCCUUCUUUCUUUUCUUCAUUCUAAAUGUAUUUUCUUUAAAACAAUGUUUUUCUUUUUUUCCCUUCUAAACUUCUUCUUUCCUUUUAAUAUUCCUUCCUUCUAAUUUUCUUCUCUUCUAAACUUCCUUUUUAAGUCCUUUCCUUAUAAAUUUCCUUCCUUUCUUAUUUGCUUCCAUUUAAAUUUAGUUUUCCUUCUAAACGUUUUCCUUCAAAAAUAAUUUCCAUCAAGACAAAAAAUAAUGCACUAUGCUAAUAAUACUUGUUCU